AUGGCAAGAAAGCCCCGUUGGAAUGAUAUGCAAGCAAUCUCCACCUAUCGAUCUGGCAUUGACUUCCGCAACAGCUCGGAUGUCGGGCGCCCCCCGACGCCGCCGACCGUCCGCGCCACGGCCGAACGGUCGAGCAUCACGGCGCGAAGAAUGGGGGCGCUAACAGGGCGACAAUCGACAGGUCACAGCGUGGUGGCACGGCCUUCAUCUAGCCGCCGUUGGGUCACCAGAGAAACCGGAGCGGGCCACGAGGAGCUAGCUCUCUGGAGCCGACGGUGA